GCUCCCCUGUCUUUGUUUUCAAGUAGAGGAGAUUGAGCUGUGCUAAGUUUAGCAUCACACUGGGUCCUGGCCUGCAACUUUUAUAUACAACUUGCUUCUGUGAUUCUACAGCGGAUUACUGUCACCCCUUAACCACCUGUCCAUGUGAAAAGGGACAGCCUGCAGGCAUUCUAGCCUGCAGGUUUGCACGCACUGGGGCACGGCAGUAUAGUGCGAGAGGUAACAUGCUGCUCCUACCAUAUAGCAAGCAGGAAACCGAGCCAGAAGGUUCUGCCAGCACAUGUCCUGGUAUAGGCUGAAGACUUGCUCAGCUACCACGUAGCCCUACAACUGAACAAUGGUUCUCAUCUUAGGGCGAAGAAUGAACAGAGAGGAGGGUGGGGUUCGUGAAUCCCCAGCAACCAAGCGCAAGGUAUUUGAGAUGGACCAGAAGCAGCUUACUGGGCAUGAAGUGUUUGACUUCAACUCUGGCUCCUCUCACUCUGAGAGCAUUCUGCAGGUCUUUAAUGAGUUCCGAGAAAAUCGCUUGUUUACUGAUGUCAUUAUCUGUGUAGAGGGCAGGGAGUUCCCAUGUCACAGAGCCAUCCUUUCUGCCUGCAGUAGCUACUUUAGAGCCAUGUUUUGCAAUGAUCACAGAGAAAGUCGCGAGAUGCUGGUAGAGAUCAACGGGAUUUUCGCAGAGGCUAUGGACUGUUUUCUGCAGUAUGUAUACACUGGCAGAGUGAAAAUCACAACUGAGAAUGUCCAGUAUCUCUUUGAAACCUCCAGCUUGUUCCAGAUCAGUGUGUUACGGGAUGCCUGUGCCAAGUUCUUGGAAGAGCAGCUGGACCCUUGCAAUUGUCUGGGGAUCCAACAUUUUGCAGACACUCACUCUCUCAAAACCCUCUUCACCAAGUGUAAAAGUUUUGCUCAACAGGCCUUUGAAGAUGUUGUUCAGCAUGAAGAAUUUCUGGAACUGGGAAAAGCCGAGCUCAUUGAUUAUGUUUCCACCGAUGAGCUUGUUGUCAGCAAAGAGGAGCUGGUAUUCGAAGCCGUCAUGCGUUGGGUUUAUCAUCAUGUAGAUGUCAGAAGGCCCAUGUUGCAAGAACUUCUGACCCACGUCCGACUGCCAUUGCUGCAUCCUAACUACUUUGUGCAGACUGUGGAGGUGGAUCAGAUCAUUCAGAAUGCACCAGAUUGUUACCAACUGCUUCAUGAAGCCAGAAGGUAUCACAUCCUUGGAAACGAGAUGAUGUCCCCGAGGACCAGGCCUCGCAGAUCCACAGGAUAUUCUGAGGUGAUUGUGGUGGUUGGAGGGUGUGAGCGAGUUGGGGGAUUUAAUCUUCCUUAUACAGAAUGCUAUGAUCCUGUCACAGGAGAGUGGAAAUCGCUGGCAAAACUACCAGAAUUUACUAAAUCAGAAUAUGCUGUGUGUGCCCUCAGAAAUGAUAUUCUUGUGUCAGGUGGAAGAAUCAACAGUCGAGAUGUCUGGAUUUACAACUCUCAGCUGAAUAUCUGGAUCAGAGUUGCUUCUCUGAAUAAGGGGAGAUGGCGUCACAAAAUGGCUGUUCUGCUUGGCAAGGUGUACGUUGUGGGAGGUUAUGACGGGCAGAACAGGCUGAGCAGUGUGGAAAGUUAUGAUUCCUUCUCUAAUCGGUGGACAGAUGUGGCUCCGCUAAAAGAAGCAGUGAGUUCCCCAGCAGUGGCAAGUUGUGUUGGUAAACUGUUUGUAGUUGGUGGAGGACCUGAUGACAACACCUGUUCUGACAAGGUUCAGUGCUAUGAUCCAGACAACAACACCUGGCUACUGCGAGCCUCAAUUCCUAUAGCAAAAAGGUGCAUUACAGCUGUGUCUUUAAAUAACCUCAUCUAUGUUGCUGGAGGCCUAACCAAAGCAAUCUACUGCUAUGACCCAGUGGAGGAUUAUUGGAUCCAUGUUCAGAACACCUUCACCAGACAGGAGAAUUGCGGCAUGUCUGUGUGCAAUGGAAAAAUCUUUAUACUGGGAGGAAGAGGAGAGAAUGGAGAAGCCACGGACACCAUCCUGUGCUAUGAUCCUGCUACGAGCAUCAUCACUGGGGUAGCAGCUAUGCCCAGGCCUGUUUCCUACCACGGCUGUGUAACAAUCCACAGAUUCAAUGAAAAAGCCUUCAAAAUGUGAACCGUUAUUACCUGGAUCAGUGGGUGAGGUUGGGUUAGAUAACAUUGCUUCCGCCCUCGGAAUGGCCACAAAGCCCAUAGACUCACCAGUCCUGGAUAGCCAUAAAUCUGUUUGCAUGGCCAGAACACAGUUGCAUUCUUGAGGUGGAGAAGGACUUGUUUAAUAUUUGUAAUAUAUGUUUCUUUAACUCUUACUUUUAUAUAAGCAUUUUAAAUAUUAUUUGUAUUUGUUUUUUUACUGUAUGGUGUAGGUUAAUAUCUUCUUUCCUUCAGUCUGGGGUUGGAGAAUGGGGGCUUAUUUAUCGAGGGGUGAAAGGACAGUUCUUCACUGGGGGCUGUGGAGUUCUUCUCUAAAAAACUGGGAGGUGGUCCCUAAAGGUCUGGUUCCCUGGUGGGCCCAAAAUACUUCAGUCGGAAACUAAACAGAUGCAGAAUCCUCUUUUAUCACUUCUGUUUGAGGCAGGCACUGUUUUAUUGCAUCUAUAUGUGGUCAGCCUUCUGUAUGUAAGUAUUGUCCCCCACUUCCUAAUGUAUAAAUUGCACAAGAGAACCCUGAAAAGAGAAAGUAUAGGUUUACUUACACUGAAAUAACCAGUUCUCUUGAAAUUAUACAACUCAUUCAUUAUUUAGAAAUGUUUAUGGUGCAAACUGCCCAUAAACUAUGUAAUUACCAUUAACAAUAUUCCUUUUAGUGCAGCUAUCUAGCCAGAUUACACUUCCCCUUACCAUAGGGAAGAUAUUCCUGUGGGCUGUGAGUGGCCUAUCUGUAGCAAACUGCAGAUUUCCAGUAUCAGUAUGUGAGGGUAUUCUUCCUUACCUGGCCACUAGCAUGGCUAUUCAUUCCAGUUUGGGAGUGCAUGUGGACUCAUUCAGAUAUACAAUAAAGAAUGAACUGUAUGAGAAUGACCAUGUUCCAUGUUAUUUAUAGCACCAGCACUGGUUUGUACAAUUAUCUUAAGCUGUCAAUGCUCUAUAAGAUCCGCUCCUUUGGCAAGGUCGCCAAACAAGCAGAUCUUUCUCCCGAUGGAUCAAACAAUUGCAUUACAGUGAUUGUAAUACGAGUCAUUGGAACAAGAACUGCAUUAGUGAGCCAAUGCCGUCCUCAAUCUGAUGGGAUAAUCAAACCUGCCAGAUUUUCACCCAAAUAAUUGGGUAGGCCCAUCGGAGGUCACCAUACAGUGAAGCAGGGAAACAGAUUAGAACAUCUAUUUAUAGCCACCACAAAUAAAAGAUUAAAACAAAGAUUAUGAAGUGAA